AUGGAGAAGUUUCGGGAGGUUUUGAACUUGCACCUCAAACACCGCAACGCUCUGGGCUACUGCCUGGUGAGCCUGCUGACGGCGGGCGGGGAGCGCAUCUUCUCCAGCGCGGUCUUCCAGUGCCCGUGCAGCGCCUCCUGGAACCUGCCCUACGGCCUGGUCUUCCUGCUGGUGCCGGCGCUGGCGCUCUUCCUCCUGGGCUACGUGCUGAGCGCGCGCACCGGGCGCCUGCUGACCGGCUGCUGCGCGCGGGGCUGCGGCGCGGGGCUGCGCGGGGCCCUGGUGUGCGCGCAGAUCAGCGCCACGGCCGCGGUGGCGCCGCUCACCUGGGUGGCCGUGGCCCUGCUCGGGGGCGCCUUCUACGAGUGCGCUGCCAGCGGGAGCGAGGUCCUGGCGCGGUACCUGUGCGUGGGCCGCGACCCGCGCUGCGUCGCGCAGCUGCCGCUGGUGCCCUGCCAGGAGGCCCAGGCGCCCGACGUGAAGCAGCUGCAGAAGGAGCUGCAGAGGGAGCUCACGGCGCACUCGCAGGUGUUAGGCUGGAUCCUGAUAGCAAUUGUUAUCAUCGUCCCUCUGAUUUUUACGUCAAUCAAUCGAUGCCGGUCUCCAGUUAGUUACAUGCAGCUGAAAUUUUGGGAAAUCUAUUUGCAACAGGAGCAGCAGAUUUUUAAAAGUCAAGCCACAGAACAUGCAACGCAACUGGCAAAGGAAAAUGUCAAAUGUUUCUUUGAGUGCUCACAUCCACAGGAAUACAACACUCCAAGCAUUAAAGACUGGCAGAAGAUUUCAUCGCUAUAUACUUUCAAUCCAAAGGAGCAGUACUACAGCACUUUGCACAAAUAUGUGAACAAAAAACAGAAGAAUCAAAGUAGCACAUCUUCUGAAGAAGGUGCAACGGUUCCUGUUCUUGGCUUUGUAGAUUCAUCUGAUAUGAACAGCACUACAGACUUAUGA